AUGCAGCAUCCCAUUCCCAGUAUCAACGCCCACUCAUUGGCGAAUCGCCCCGUCUCCGCCCCGUACGUGUCCCCAGAGCUUCCAGUCCACUCAUCUCACCUUUCGUACGUAACACCCGACCAUCAUUGCGGCCGCAAGGCGGGAAGCUACUCGAAACAAAAAAGAAAAACCUACGCAGACAUCCCUGGGAACAAACCCACCAACCCACCAACCAACGUGCUCUCAUCCGCACCUUCGUACCAUGAUAAAUUGCCUGCAUUGCCGAAAUGCCCGCUGCUGACGAACCCAGCCUGUCCGAACCCUGGACCCAACCUGGCAGAUGCGUCACUCUGGUGUGGGUGGUCCGGAGGUUGUGCGGCGGGCCCCCACCUUUCUACCAUGCUCCGGACUAUCCCCCGUUGCCCCACCUCUCCCUCAAAAUACUCCAUCCUCACCCUUCCCCAACCCAUCGUCGACCGCUCCCCACCCUCCGGCCCCAGUGCCGAAUACGCCGUCUUGACUACGCCGUUGAACUCCGCAGGACUCCACCACCACAGCUGCUCGCGCGGCAUCGCGGAGAGUGGAGGGGCCAUGAUCAAGUGUGGGAAUCUUCUCGGCGAGUGGAGGGGUUCUAGCUUGGUGGGCUUGAGGAGGUCGAAUAGCUCAGCCGCGAGACAUAGUCCCCCUACAAGAUGA